AUGGGCUACGUCGACGGCGAAUGCAACGACACGACGGCCGCCUACGUCGGCGAGGACGGCAAGCGCGUCCAGGUGACCUUCUGGAUGCACCACCCGCCGCUCGUCUCCUAUUUCACGGUCCACUCCCCCGGCGUGAAACCCGACGCGUUCCCCGAGAUGGCCAAUGUCCUCGCGACGGACGGUGACCUCGCGCUCCUCCGCCUCCCCUCCGGCCCAGUAAAUCCACUCAGCGAUCCGCCCCCCGACAGAUACUUCAUCUACCGGAUCGGCGGCGGCGGCGAGAAGCCGCCUUGGCUUCGACAGCUCCCCAAUCCCCACAAGCUCAUAUUUAUGGACGAUACUGUUGGUUUCCUGAACUACGGCACCCACGACCACGAUAGGUUCUUCACCGCUGCGUUCUACCAAGAGCACCCGCUCAGGCCUGGCGGCUCCGUGAAAUUCUACAUCAGCCUGUUCGACUCCGGGACCUGGGCAUGGACCAGAAAGGAGGUCUUGGUCGAUUCGCCGGAGGCUUACCGUUACAGGUUCACGAACAAGGUGAUCACGAUCGGAGGAGAGCGCGGCUCGAUCGCCUGGGUCGACCUCUCCAAUGGCAUCCUCGUCCACGACCUGCUCCUGCGCAACAACAACAUUAUUCGUUACAUCCCGCUGCCGCCGUCGGAGUUGCCCGACCUCAGAACCAACUCUGUGCGGGACAUGGCUGCCGUCAACGGCUGCCUCAAGUACGUCAGUAUGAGCUACCCUCCUAUGACCAAAAGCAGCACCAGCUACUACUUUGGAGAUUGGAAAGCCAAGGCGUGGAAGAUGGUGACGCAUCGUUCGGAGAACUGGCAAUGGCAAGAUGACUACCAUCUCAGAGCAUCGGAGAUCACGAUAGACGACCCAAGCCAUCUUGAGCUGCUGCCUGAUCCGCCCAACAAUGCCGACAAGAAGCGGGUCCUCACGAGGCUCCACGCCGGGAGUCCUGCUGUGAGCUUACAUGAUGAUGGCAUUGUCUACAUCUUGACCAAGGUUGAGUACUCAGAUCGCAAGGCGUGGGUGCUUGCCGUCAACACGAGCACCAAGACUCUACAAGCGGUGGCUGAAUUUGACGCUGAAAGAUGCAUGGGUUUGAGUUUCACCUACACUCAAAGUGGGAUCUCCAAACAUAUGGGUGUUGAGUUAAAAGAAGAUCGGUGUCUGGAUGAUGAGGCCUCAUGGACUACUGUCUCAUACAAGAAAAAAAGAAAGAAAGAAAAAGAGGUGGUAACAUAUGGGGGGACUAUUGUGGGUGCUUACAAAUAG